CAAGAUGAGCAAGACCACCCAGACCCAGGAACAGCUCUCCGAGCUGGAGAAGGCCAUGGAUGUCAUUAUUGAUGUCUUCCACCAGUACUCGAGACGGGAGGGGGACAUAGACACCCUGACCAAGAAGGAGCUGAAGCUCCUGAUUGACAAGCAGCUUGUGAACUACCUGAAGCACGUGAGAAACAAGACCACCAUUGAUGAAAUCAUGAAGGACCUUGAUGUCAACAAGGAUGCGCAGAUCAGCUUCUCCGAGAUGAUGCUGCUGGUCACCCGCGUGACCAUUGCCACCCAUGAACACCUCCACGAUGUCGAGGACCAGCAGCAGCAACACAAACACCAGCACCACCACCACUGAGGUGGGCUGUGGUCCCCAGCCAAAGGCACCCAUGCAGUGCUUGCAGCCCCUGGCUUUCUCCCCUC